GCCCAAUGCAAUGACCAAUUUACCCCCAAACCAAUUUUCUACCAUAAUUCACCAUUUUCUCCUUUACGACGUCCACCAGCUAUUUCUCGAGCUGUUUCAGUUCUUAUAUUUUCCAAGCUGUUUGGAGCCUGAUUAGCCGGCUCCAGUUAUCCUAUCUCCUGCUCCGUCCGCUCGACUUUUUUCUCCAACUGCAACGAACGGCACCUUUCUCGAGCUGUUUCAGUUCUUAUAUUUUCCAAGCUGUUUGGAGCCUGAUUAGCCGGCUCCAGUUAUCCUAUCUCCUGCUCCGUCCGCUCGACUUUUUUCUCCAACUGCAACGAACGGCACCGUUAAGCGUGGUUCCAUCAUUGUUACCAGCGAGCUACUGCUUCUCCUCAAGAAGCUGCCGUUUGACCUGAAACUCUGCGCUGCUAUUUGGUAGCUUGAAUCGGGCUGUUUCGAAAGCUAUAUUUACUUGUUGAUCCAUUUGAGAUAGAACUAGAACGGAAUUCUUGAGGACACUUGCAAGCACGGAGAUUCGCUGCGUGAUGUAUUGUUCAUCCGAGAUUGGUAAAUAAUUUUCACUUUUUCAUGUAUACGUUGAGAUAAUUGCAAUUAUUCACAAUUUUCAUUUUGACACCUGUUCAAAAACCCUGGGUAAAAGAUGGGGCCUAAAACCAAGUAUGAUCAUGUGGAUAUAUAAAACCAUUGUCCGUCCCAGGACUACUUACGCUUCCCUUGUCUGGUGGCCUAAAACUAAUGAGGCUGCUGCAAGGGCUAAGUUCAACAAAAUCCAACGCACCGCUUGCAUAGCCAUCACUGGUGCAGUUCGUAGUACACCCACGUUGGCCCUAGACGCAAUGCUUCACCUACCUCGGUUAGAUCAAUUCAUAAAGCUGGAAGCGGAAAAAAGUGCUCUAAUGUUUGCGGUGCGCAGCAAAACUGGCUACACUGCCUAGCAGCAUCGACACACGACCCGCUUCCGAGCUACGCUCAGUUUGUAUCGCAUUGUCAACACGUUCAGAUCAGAGAAUAAAAUACUCCGUUUUAUAUUUGUUCUAAUCGCGGCGUUUUAUUACCACGCGCCUCAUUGGUGACCCCGACGUUCGCCGGCUCAAAUAAAGGAACGUGCAAAGAAGUAAGGAAACACAAAAAUCAAUACACUUGGGCGCAACUGGCUGUGUGUCGAUUUAUUGCUAUCGUUUGCAGACCGCCAUUGUAGCUGCCUACACGUUGGAAUUUCGCCAAGGCGCCCACCAGCAGCACCCAAAACAAUAUGGCGGACGAACAACGUUUGAAAGACGAAAUCGCUCAUCUACAGGACCAGCUGCGAGUAGCCCGAGCAGCCGCUGCAAACAACCCGCCCGUCGUGAACAGCGGUACCGAUGUCAACAACGCUGCCGGCGAUACUGUAAACAAAGUUGCAAUAAAAAUCGGGCCAUUCUGGAAGCGUGACCCAACUCUUUGGUUUGCUCAGCUAGAGGCGCAAUUCACGCUGAAUCAAGUAACUCGCGAGGACACCUGCUAUUUCCACGUCCUCGCUGCCAUCGAUUCGGAGAUAUUGGCAUGCUGCUCGGACAUCAUCCGAGAUCCACCGGCUAAUGGAAAAUACUCAGCGUUGAAGGAUAGAAUUAUCAGCGAGUACAGCACCAGCGAGCAGAAUCGUAUGCAGCAGCUACUACGUGGGUGCGAACUCGGCGAUCGCAAACUUUCGCAACUACUACGCGAAAUGAGAGAUCUCGCCAGGGAUGUCAUCACCGACGAGAAAAUCAUUAAGUCGUUGUGGAUGCAGCAGCUCCCUGAAACGACACAAGCUGUUCUAAAGGUCUCGGAAGCCACUCUCCAAUUGGCGCAGCUAGCUGAACAAGCGGAUAAACUUGCGGACAUCACCAGAACGCGAUCAAUAUCCUCCGCUGGAACGACGUGGGAGGACAACAAGGACAUCGGAUUCGAGGAACUACGCAAGCAAAUUUCUGUUCUUUCCGACGAAAUUGCCGCUUUUCGUCAAGAGCGCGACAGACCCCGCAACAGGAGCUUCAGCAGAUUUCUUGGUGGUACCCGAAGCGGCUCACGAGGAAAUCAUCCGUAUUGUUUCUACCACAGAAAAUUAGGGGCCAACGCGAGAAGCUGCCGAUCACCCUGCCAAUUUAAGCCAAAAAACUAGAGCAGCUGCAUUCGACGACGGGCGGAGGCAGUAAGUUUCAACAAUCCCGUCUUAUCAUCCAGGACCCAGCAACCAACUAUAAAUUUCUCGUCGAUACCGGUGCUGACCUUUCAGUACUGCCGUUUGUUCCAAGCAAUCAGUCAAGGCCGACCCCAGGGAUGAACCUAUAUGCCGCCAACGGCUCCCGAAUUGCUACCUACGGCACCGAGAUAUACAAACCAACUUUCGAUCUACGCAGAUGUUUUCCGUGGCGUUUCAUAAUAGCGGAUGUGACUUCCCCGAUCCUGGGUGCAGAUUUCUUGAAACAUUACGGUUUGCUGGUUGAUCUGCAAGGAGAGUGCUUGAUCGAUAAAAUGACCAGUAUCAAAGCACAUGGCCAAAUCAGCGUGGUCGCAGAAGGAUUAUUCGGUUUGAAAACAUAUUCUCGCAACAGUGAUUACGGCGGCCUGCUGAGCGAAUUCUCGGAUGUUACUAGACCACGUUUUCCUCGACAGGAAGUAAAGCAUGGCGUAAAGCACACUAUCAAGGUCGAUGGGCCUCCGUGCCAUUCUAAAUUUCGCCGACUUCCACCACACAAACUCGAAGCACUUCGGAAGGAAUAGGCUCCUAAAGGCCUAUCUUAAUUGCUGCAUAACUUGAUCAAGCAUUGAUUAAAACGACAUGAUUACUCAUUUUUUAGGCAUUCCUAUUAGAUAAAGCCCAUAAAAUAUAUUUUCAAAAAUUCUAAUAAUUUUUGCAACACUCCUUGUUUAGCAUUCAAUUUUGGGUAAAUUUUGUUUACCGUGUAUUUCAAACAGGAACAUUUGUUGUCAAAAGUGAGCCAAUGUGAUGUCUUUUGCAAACCGCCGUUUCACUUUCGUUACGUCAAGGUUCACCUCGAAUGUCAAACAAGACCUGCUCACCAUUAUUUUAUUUUCAAGUUUAUUAACUAUUCUGCCAUUGUUUAAGUUCGGAAAAAAUACUAUUGAGAUCAGAAAAUCAUGUUCCUUUAUGUUAUGCAGCAACACCGGGAAAAUAUUUUUCAUUUUAGGACCCUAUUGAAGCUGUUUCUAGAGCUUGGAUACAUCCGAUCCUCGAAAAGCCCGUAUUCAAGCCCGGUGCACUUAGCUACAAAAACACUGCAGAACGGUGAUGUCAAAUUCAGGCUCGUAGGUGAUUACAAACGGCUCAACGAUUCUACUGUCGCGGAUCGGUAUCCUUUGCCGCACAUUUACGACAUUUGUCAAACAAUGCAAGGUAAGACUGUCUUUUCUGUAAUAGAUUUAGAACGGACCUACUAUCAAAUCCCCAUGCAUGAGGCAGAUAUUGAGAAGACUGCAAUAAUCACGCCACUUGGUUUGUACGAGUUUCUCGUGAUGCCGCCAGGUUUAAAAAAUUCUGGCCAGACAUUUCAAAGAUUUAUCAAUAACAUAUUGUUUGACAUGCCAUUCGUCGUCGGUUAUCUAGACGACUUUCUCAUCGCUUCGUCAUCCGAGGAGGAGCAUAAAGUUCACCUACGCAUGGUUUUCGAGAGGUUCCCAAGAAACAGAACUAGCUGAACAACAGUUUCUUAAGCUAAAGUUUGCUUAAGAGUGGUUUGUUCCACUCUUGUACAGCAAAAAUGUUUGUUGGGUUGAGAGCAAACGGACUUCAAAUCAACGCCGACAAGUGCCAGCUGGGAAAACAGGAAGUACGGUUCGUGGGACAAUUAAUAACUACCGGAGGUUGCAAACCGAUUCCGGAAAAGUGCAAGCAGUCGCAAAUUUCCCGAAACCAGACACGGUACAGAAACUGAGACGUUUCCUUGCCCUAGUCAAUUACUAUCGCCGCUUUCUCUCACACGCUUCUGAGGUCGAAAUUCCAUUGCGCAAACUGAUACCCUCAAACAGGAAGAACGAUAACACACCAAUCGUGUGGACAGCUGAAGCUGAAGCAGCCUUCGAAAAGUGCAAGAGAUGUUUAGUAGAAGCUACAGAACUGGAUUACUACGAUCCAGAAGCCCAAUUGUCCCUGAUGGUCGACGCGUCCGAUUUGGCUGCCGGAGCCGUGUUGCAGCAGCGAUACAGAGGUGCAUGGAAGCCAUUGGGAUAUUUUUCCGUGAAGUUCAACGACCGCGAACGACGUUACUCUACUUACGAUAGCGAGCUGCUUGCUGUGUAUCUUGGCGUCAAACAUUUCAAGGACGUGAUCGAAGGCUGUAAUCCGGUGAUAUUUACCGAUCACAAACCACUUACAUUUGCAUUCAAGCAGGAUGCGAACAAACCAACAACACGACAGCAGCGAAUGUUGAGUUUCAUAAGCGAGUAUACAACAGAUCUCGUUCACAUCGCCGUUGUGGACCAUAUCCCAGCGGACGUGCUUUCACGAGUAGAGGCUAUUUGGUUGCCAUCGACGAUUAACCAAAACGAUUUCGCCUGGAAACAGGAAUGCAACGAACAACUGCAAAAUUGGCACAACGUCAAUCCCGAUGUAAAAACUCUGAAAUUCGCUCAUCUCGGUAUUAAGCUACUUUGUCAACAACAAGGCGAUAAAGUGCGAAUUUGGGUUCCUCGUUUCUACCAAAAAAUCAUAUUCGACCAGUUCCAUCGCAUGGCACA